AUGAUCUGCCUCCGCCGCCGAAACGGCAAGUCCGAUAAACAUCUCGGCAUCAAACCGGUCUCAAGCACGAGACCGAGAAAACGAACUACGAAUGGCUUGAUCCCGGCAUGGGUACGUAGGCAGCCUUUCCAAAGGUUCAGCUAUACCCCAAUAAAAUUCUAUAAUCCGUCUGACGAGAUGAGCAUUGUAAAAUUUUAUUCACCUCCAAAGGUACACGUCGACGUUCUGGCCAAACCUCUCGACAACACCGAUCUCGUCAUCACACGAGAUCGAGCGGUCUCGUCAUCACACGAGCCCGAGAAAACACCGAUCUUGUCAUCCAAGAUCGAGCGGUCUCGUCAUCACACGAGCCCGAACCGGUCGUCGAAGCACGAUCCGAGAAAACAAGUGUUCCAUGAAGCGCGACCCCAACCGGUCGUCGAAGCACGAUCCCGAGAAAACAAGUGUUGCCGAAGCGCGACCCCAACCGGUUUCGUCGAAGCACGAUCGAGAACGUGUUCCGAACACGAGCCCAACCGAUCUCGUCAUCAUAUACGAAAUCGAGCGGUCUCGUCAUCACACGAGCCCGAUAAGACACCGAUCUCGUCAUCAUAUACGAAAUCGAGCGGUCUCGUCAUCACACGAGCCCGAGAAGACACCGAUCUCGUCAUCAUAUACGAAAUCGAGCGGUCUCGUCAUCACACGAGCCCGAGAAGACACCGAUCUCGUCAUCAUAUACGAGAUCGAGCGGUCUCGUCAUCACACGAGCCCGAUAAAACCAAUCUCGUCGAAGCUCGAAUCCGAGAAAAAUCGUCACAGCAAUCUAUUCUCCUUGACGAGACAAAAGAGUCAUCUCGUCAAGUCCGAGAGAAAUUAUCAAAAGCACAUUCUAUUUGCGGACAAGAUUACGUCACUUGCGGAUCUAAAGUCAAUAACGCAACGCAGCAUCACGUCAGCGCAGCAUCGCGACAGCAUAACACGUACUAUCGCAAGAAGAGAAGCAAGACACGUGACCCAUUGACUGAGAGUGAAGAAGGAGUUAGUCAACCGAGUGGAUCUUCUCUUUGA